AGAGCGAGAGAGAGAGAGAGAGUAGAGGCGGGAGAGCAAUACAAGAUGGCGCCCAGCGGCGGCCGGGUUCCGUCGAACGGCGCCGUCUGCAGCGAGAGCGGCGAGCGCCCGAGCAGCAGACGACGAUCGGAGCGCGUCGGCGGGAUCGUCGAGUGCGUGGUGCUUCGCGCCGUUGCUGCCGCUGUGACCGGUUGCCCGUCGACGACGGAAUGUCGUAGCGGCCGUGGAGAUGUGCGUGUUUGUGUGUGAGCCGCACCGGCCGUGAGGUGUUGAUGUGCCGCCAGUGAAAAAGGCGAGAAACGCGCAGAAGCCGCGGCGCCGAGCUGCGAGCGUCGGCGGCUCCCCGGGGUUUGACCCGCGGCGCCGGGCUCCGGAGCUCGACGCUACAGAGCGCCGGCUGAGGAGCCUAGCCGUCAAGGAAUUCCUGGCGGCUGUGCCCUUUCAAGACGUUACCAAGCUUCGGACAUUUGGAAUACUGUCUGCAUGGCAGAAUGAACGGCUGCGGAGAGCUGGCCAGCUGUCGCCUUCAACUUUGUUGACGCAACAGAAGACAGGCCGCAGUGAGGGAGCCAUGAUGACGACUUCCCCAUCCGGCACCUGCGCGUGCACGGAAGCGGAAUACCGGAGAAGAAACCCGCCCAUAGAGGGCGCCAGCAGCAAGGAAAGCGAUGGCGAUAGCGAUUCCGGGACCAGCGUGAGUGCCCGGGGUUCUCCGCCCGAAGCGGUCCCUUCCAUGGCUUCGUCGGGCGCCCGGUGACCCUACCGGUGAUCUGCAUCAGCCCGCCGGCGAGCGACGCAUGGAGGACGGCCGGCCGCCGCCGUACUCAAGCCGUGGCUCCGUCGCUGAUCACCGCCAGGUGAUCAUCGACCUGGACGACAGUCGAAUAGGCGCUGGUGUGGGGACCAGAAAGAAGAAGUCUGCGCCGUCGUCGCAGCCGCAGCAGCCGCAGCAGCAGCAGCAGCCGUCGCAGACGCAAGAGCAGCAAGCCGAGCCACCGGUGGUCAUACCACGCUACAUGCGCAGCGCACCGAUCAAGCUCCUCACCCACCCCGUAGAUAGGAACCUCACCUGGUACUUCGUGGCCUCAGUCGCCUUCGUGUCCGUCUGCGCCGUGAUUGGCCUUCCACUGGUGCUGCUGCUGCUGUCGCUGCUCCCAGUGGCCGUGGUACUGCGCCACGCUGGCACCUCGUGCGCUUCGGCCAGGGAGGGAGUGCUGUGUGAGGACGACAAGCGGUUCGUGUCGCCCAUGGACACCUACUGGCUGCACGACACCGAGUUCAACUUCCACGUGGCUCACUGCGUGCUCUAUCUGGAGCCGGGACUCACGGCCUCUAUACUCGGCCAGCUCAUCGUCGAGCGCAUACUGGACAAGACCAAUGACGAGGGGAAGCGCAUCUUCCGAAGGUUCACGCGCAAGGUGAUCCCCGUGGUGGGCGGCUUCACGUGGGUGGAGGACGACUCGUUCCGCAUUGAAAACCACGUCCUCGAGGACAACCGCCCGGUCAAGGACAGCGCGCAGUUGCGUCACUACUUGAUGGCGCUCAUGUCCCGAGGCAUGAACGUCAACCGACCCCUUUGGGACGUCCACGUGCUGCCGAACUACGACCGGGGCCGAGAGACUGUGCUCAUCGCUAGAGUGCACCAGGUGAUCAGCGACGGCGUGUCGUUGAUGAUGCUGUUCUGCAACCACCUCUGCGACCCAGGGCCGAGUCUGAAGCUGAAGCCGCGUUUCGGCGGUUCCAGCUUUCCCCUCAACGUGUGCCGAGCGCUGGUCGUGGGCCCCCUCACCUUUCUAAUCUCAUGGCUCUUGCUCACCAAGCGCGAUUUCAACUACCUCAAGCGGGGCUCCAAGCCUCCCGGCAGACAGAGGGUCAUCGCGUGGACGGCCGGAAGCAUACGGCUGUCGCAGGUCUACCGCAUCAAGCAGAUCACGCGGAGCACCUUCAACGAUGUCCUCAUGACCGCCAUGUCGGGAUCGCUACGCUGCUUCUUCAAGAAGCAUGGCGUUGUCAACCCGCCCGACAUCAAGGUGUGUUUGGCCGUGGACCUGAGGUACGAGCCAGCGACCGGCGAGCCCGUGCCCGAGCUGGGCACCCAGCUCAGCAGCGCCCUCGUGCGCCUCCCCACCAACACCGAGGGAGCCAUACCGCGCCUUUGGGAAGUACGACAGGCCAUGGACGAGCUGAAGAACUCGCCGGACCCCGUGGUGUUGUACGGGGCGGCAAACAUCCUGUUCACGCUGCUGCCCUGCCGUCUGGCACACUGGUUCAUGGGGAUGUGGCACCGCAAACCGUCGGCGGUGUUCUGCAACAUGCCGGGCCCCGAGGAGCACGUCGUGCUGGGCAUGAGCCGCGUCAAGACCGCGGUCGCCUGGGCGGGCUGGACGCCCGAGGUUCCGCUGGCCGUCACCAUCACGUCGUACGCCGGCGCCUUCAACGUGGCCGUGUCGUCCCAGAUGGACAUCGUGCCCGACCCCGACGAGAUUAUCAGGGAGUUCGCCAAUCAGCUGGACCACCUGUCGGACUUGCUGUCCAGGCGGAGAAUCCCCGGAGAACACAGGCGUCGCUCCAGCUACACUGCUGAGCGCCGGAACCAGGAGAUCGUCAGGCCUCCCUUGCACGAGUUACAACAGAAACUGCAGAACGUCCAGGACGAACUGCAUCGGGUCCGGCACGCGCUGGACGAACUGCGCGCCCGAAGCCUCGGGACGCCCACAAACGGCGACAGCGUCACGGCGGUGGCUCCUUUCGGAGAACCGCUUCUCACGCCGGAACCGGAAGAAGGGACGCGGGGGCCACAGCGGCCUCAGUCGCGCUCACCGGCGCCGGCGGUGACGACACCGGAAGAGGAGGAGCGAGAGCGGCUGGAGACGCGUCUCGGCGAGCUCCAGGAGGAGUUCUCCGAGCUUCUCAUCGGACUGCGCCGGCGCAAGUCGGUCGCCGACAACGUGCUUCUGGACGCCGACGUUGAGGAAGACGACGACUUGGAUGGCGAACUACGGCGGCCUGCGAGGCGUCGCGCCCUCUCGGUCACGGUGCGGCGAGCCAGCCUGCAAGCAGUGGUGUCCACCACGCGGCCGCUGACCACCGGGUCGUCGCCCGUCUUCCGGUCGGCGGACCCGAGCCCCGGAGCUCCGGAGACGAGGACGUUUCUAGGGGUCACCAUUAGGGACGACUGACUAAGGCCGCACCGCACGGGCCACCAAGCGACCAACGGCCGCUUUCCGAGGGAGACGUGCGCGAACCUGGAGCACGGAGUGCUGGGACACCUGUUCCUGCGGCAGAUACCUCCGUACCGGCUCGUGCCGGACGUGGCGUCGGCCAUCUCCAAUUUCCUUGCCACGCGACUCCGCCUCGGGACGACGCCAGGCCGCGUCGCCGUCGGUGACCCGCGCAGUGACAGCAGCAAGCAGCAGUCGGAGGAAGGCGUCUUUCUGCCCGCCGAGCCUCGCUACGGAUACUUCUACUUUGCCGACGACGUUCUGUGCGUCGUGCCCGUACAUUACGUGUCCCCGCCCAGGGGAGGCUUCUUUCUGCCGAGGAGCCUGCGCACCAACAAAGGAAGUGACGCUAUCAUUGGCUUAUCGCCCGCCCUGCCGUGGACGGUCCACCGCUAGUCAUCCCCGCUUUCGUACCCGACCAUCCUCGCCCACUGCCGACGGACUAUUGACCGCAGUGGUUGACGAAGUGGUUGAAAUGGAACUCCAUAGAGAGGCAAUUGAAACUUGACAUUGUGACAGCUUUUUUUUUUUUUUUUAUGCGGCACUCUGAAAUAUUUGCACCCUUUCAUGCUUAUCUUGCCCUCAUACAGGAUUCGUCAACUAUAUUGCCUGCAUUUCUAAAUUUCCCUAACCCUGUGCGCCGGGGACAUUCAGGUCAGGAAUAGCAUGCGCGCAUCAGCGUGACACAAGGUUCUUCACAGGAAUGCAGCUAGCGCGGCAUUUGAAGACAGAAAAUGCAUGCAGGUGGGCGUAUAUUGUGCGAGGAGAACGUGAGCCCUAAGAAAGUGUAAGAAGAAAGUUUAAGAAUAGUUAUAGUGUUUAGAUCGAAAGUAGGUACUUUCUUGCAGUAACACACUACGAUCGAUGCAGCAGCCGUUGGUCCCAUAUUAGCAAAACGUCUACGCACCUGUUUGUUGGCCAGAGUUACGGCACCCUAUAAUAUCACAGCUAUAGACGUGAUACUGACAGGACUACAGUGGCUAUGGGCAAUCGCAAGCGGAACUCACGUAAGAGAAGUUUUGUCAAAACGGGCUCUGACGUUUUUGUGCUGUGAAUUCGAAGCAAGUGCGUCGCUAUAUUACGACGCUAGAAAGCAGGCAGCUUACCGGAACUCAAUGUUUUAGAUCGUCGUUGGCGAAGUAAUAGUCAUGGUUGCAAUAUGACGCGAGUAAUCAGGCAGUAACUCUGAAGGUUGCGCUAAGCGCUGUCUCACGUUUUCUAAUUUUUCACUUCUACGCACCAGUGAUCUGCACCUUAAUGUAAUUUGUAACCGCUUGUGGUCAACCGCAUCUAUCGCCAGUCAUGAUGCCAGGACAAGUAGGACCACAUUUGAUGUUGAUUACACUGCGACCGUGUCCACGUACGUUAGGAACCACGCAGGCUCAUUGCACAGCAUUCGCGUCUUAUUCAGCAGUUCCCACCCCAUAUGAAUAGACUUACCGAACGCGAACUACAGUUCAAUACAAACAAGUUGUGGAGGCAUUGUUGUUGCAUAGAGAUGUGUCAAAGUCUUCUGUACUAUCGCUGUAUAGCCAUGAACAUGCUGCACUUAGUUUGAUCACAUCCUCUAAUUGUCAACUGCCGACAUGAUCGUGCACUCGUAACCUGCAGCCUCCACUAGAACAUCACCAAAACUGCUACUACUGGCCCGCCUGUAUUAUUUAAGUGUCAAGUCACCACGUGAUGUGACCAACAGGGGAGGGGAUAGCGCCUUCCAAACAGGUCACACCAAAAGAAGCAACUGUCACCAUCCAAUUUUCACUCGCGUCGGGUUGCGGUGCAGUAACGCCCAUCUUCCUUUAUGUCCUGAUGACGUCACGUAACGCGAGUGUCGGUAAUGCCUUUGACGCCGUCAAAAUCAGUGUUCGCUCAUAUUUAUGCCUUAAGUACAGCGGGAGAAGACGCGCACCAACUUCCGGCAUUGGACAAUUCCACAAAGGAUUUGUUCGACAUCCAGCGCCUUAGAAAACUAGGUUUCAUGCGUGUUCUUUGUUGUUGCCACACCAACCUAUCACCUUUUCUACCCCUGUGAUGUAUGCCACGCUCAUAGCGAGGAUUUCAGGUAAAAACAAUUUCAACAGAGCACUCACCACGAGUUAACCGAAAGAAAAUAAUCCUAACUUAGUAAGGAAUUCAUGUGGCAUUCUCAAGGGACACUAAUUAGCAACUCUGAAGCAGAUUACCUUUCUUUUUUCAUUUAGCGGAAACAGGUUAAUAUGAACGAAAUCUAUUUUUCAAUUCCGUGCCUGUACAACGGCACCAAACGUCACAGUGGAUCGUAACAUAGUAGUUUCUUUCUGUUCGGGCUUUCGUGAUGCAGAACAUGUUUUCGAAUUCUCGAGACCUGCUACAUUUUGUCGUUUGUUCCCUGAAAAUCCACUCUACUUUCUGGCCAAGAAACCGAUGACUAGAUAUCUGACUUUACGCUGUCAAAGAUCCUCACGCCACGACGAGCUGCUUUAAUCAUUCGUUUCCUUACCCGCUUUUCACAUUAAGAGUAGCUGUUUUAAAAUUUCGGGACCGCAAGUUACAAAUACAGCUUAAGUAAUCAUUCCUUUCCAGUGUCGUUUAAUGUCAAGAACCUUCAACAAUGACCAAUUGCGGAACUCUGUUUCUCUAAGUAGGCUCUAACUUAGUGCGGCGUUUCCCCCCGACAAUGUUUGAAAAACUAAGCUUCAGCUACAGACUUUCAAUUACGUGCUCACCUGAAUUUGCACGUUGUAAGAAAAUGCUGCGAUGUGCUUAUUUUCGCACGAAGGAGAUUGGGUUGCCGUUGCAGCAUCACAUAAACAGCACCAAACACUUGGCAUGUUUACAAAGAUGUGGGGGAGAGAGAGAUGCAAAUGAGAGAAAGGCAGGGAGGUUAACCAGACUUAAAAGCGCCGGUUUGCUACCCUGCACUAUGGGAAGGGAAAGGGAAGUAAAGACGGAAAGAAGAGCGUGACAAAAAUAAAAGCGUGAGAAAAAAAUAUGAAAAGGGAUGAAAUGGGGUCAUUAUAGUCAUUAUUAUAUGCGGGAUUUGCACAGUACAGGUGGUUGACACGCAGCGAUUCUAUACUGACGCAUGAUCGCAAGUGUUAGUCUAUAUUUGCUUAUUUUGCCGAAUUAUUUAUUUGCUUCUAUCCAGAAGUAGACAUUGAUGCCGUGCAUUGGGGGGGGGGCGUGGGAACCUUGCAUCCAUUUGAAUUUAACCAGUGCUGCGUACAAUGAAUGAUGGUAACACCCACCCAAGUUAAAAUGUUUCGAAAUUUUUUUUUUGACUGGGGUAACUAUGCCGCCGCCUGGAUCAAAGGUCACACAGCGAAACACAGAUAACUGUGGCGCAAUACGUCAUCUUACAGCUCGUAUAUCAUGACGCUGCGCGUUAAAUGUAAAUUAAACUCUCGUGUUUUGUAACAUCGAUGCCAAUUUCAUACCUACCCUGACAUAAAAAAAAAUGUCCAAGCCUCCACGGCAGUUUCCGCCAUUUAUUGUGUAAGAGUACUAAUAAUCUACAUCUGUUAUUAUUGAACUACUAUAAUAUUCACCGCGUUUGCAGUGUAGUACCACCGUACAGACCAGACCUACAUAACACUGUCCACUGUAAUGCUUUGAAUGUACUCAAAAGGAAACUGCAGUAUUCGCACCAGUGCUGCAGACCAAGUCCAGUGAUUUAGCACUUCGAAAAGUAUACUUCGUGGCAUCCCUGACCGCUUAGAGAUGCGCUAGCGUUGCACUUUUCUCAACUUUUCUACCGUGUACUCGGCAGAGUGCCGAAAGAUAACUGUGUAAGGUACCUCCGUUGUUCACGCGGUUCGCGCUCACACGUGAUAAACACAUCGAACACAUGAUAAACCAUCGAACUCAUGUGUGCGUGCAGCUUUUGUCAGAAUGUUUGAGUUAUAAUGAAAUGGACGUUCCCAAUACAUGUUAACAGCAGCUUAAAAUACUAAAACGCAUAGUACUGCGGUCCACAAAAGAUGUCCCUAAUGACAGAAAUAAAAUCCAUAAGCGAAACUGGGAGGGUCAUCGAUAUAAAGGGAACAUUAAGGAAUACAUUGCAGCCAGCCCGGUAGGGCCCAACAACCUUUAGGCUUCGAAGCGGGAGCUGACAUAUCGGAGCCUCUGUCAUACAAAAUCAAGGCUCUCAAGUAAGUUUCUGUCGCGUGUGUCAAAAUGACCACGCGUAGGAUUUUGGCGAGAUUCUUCGGUGUGAUCUACUGAUGCCUGGUUGACAGGAAUGCAGAGACGAAGGGACUAGCAGUGGUCGAACAAGUGGUGUCGAUGGAGGAAACUUUUCGACAAGAUGUAUUGUUUUCGUCAAACCUGAUGAAGACAAGACCUUUUGUACAAACCUUGGCUUCGGAGACAUCAGGUUUCGGACUACUGUUGAUGUUUCCUGCGUGAUUCUUGGGUGAUUUGUUGCUUGAUGUUGUCUAAUUACAGAAGACAAUGGUUAUCGAUUUUGUGCACGUCACGUACGUUUAGAUUUAGAUUCUCCGACAUUAGCAACAUUUUUCAAAUAUGCAAGCGUCUAAAAAAAGAAAAAAAGCAGUGUCAAAGAACUUGUCAGGUCAAUGUGUAUUUCGAGUCAAACCUUAGUUUUAAAGAUCAAUAGGUAUCUUUCUUGUAAAAACUACGUAGUAGCGUGGAUUUGAGCAGGUGGAAAAUUCUUGCAGGCUUCCACUGACAUUUCAAAGUGAAAAUGCGCUUUCUGACUCUUGUAUGUUUAUUCGAGGCCUCAUGUUAGAAUAGAUGCUAUUCUUGAAGAAGCCCUGAAAUAGUGUUUUUAUCUCACAAAUUUUAUAUGUCCUUGUCGCAUCUUGCGGCGACACUGCGGUGAGCGGCCUGAAGGUUAAAUGUCACCUUUUGUUGGUCGCCCCUCACAAGACAUAGCCGCUGCAAAAUUUACUAGCGAUAAAAACUCGCCAAAAGCACGGUGAAUUAUACCCCAUUCUGAAUUGGUCGUGUUGCACUUGCUCAGUCUCCAAAUAGCCGUGUACUUUCGUCGUACCACGCGAUGAAGAGAAAAGUAUUCAGACUUUCACUAAAUGUGUUUCAGGGCUCGUUCAAAGGAAACUUAGAAAAUGAGCAAGCACCCUGCCGCAACCUUCCAUCCGGAUACGCCAUGACCGAUUGCCAACGCCACCAGCUGUCGCAACAUGUCAUCGUUCCUCACGUUGUCGAUUGAUGUUUGUACAACAUACAGGCAGUGGACGCAUUUCGUGCUGUGUCUACAACAGUUCAUCUGUCAACCGUUUCGUCGGAAGUACAGACCCUUGUGGUUGCGACGGCGACGUCUUAGCGUCAAGUGAACGCUCGGAGAAUACCGGAUGUGAAGUGACCGCCGUUCGAACAAAGGAAACCAUAGAGAACCCGAAGAGCAUCAUUACCCACCAUUCCUAGUUCGACUGUAGUUACUAAUAGCUGAAAGUGUUGAUGUGUUGCCCCGGCGGUUGCAUACGCAGCGAGGUGUGGUGAAUGUGUUGGUCGUGUACUGGUGAACCGCGCACAUUGUUCAGCGACGGAGUGGCAGCUCAUCUCAAGGUAGUGCAGUUUUAAUUGUGUUUCCUAAGACGUCCAACGAUGACCUUUAUGUUGACUGUCUGACGUGCAAACGAAGAAAAAAAGAGACGACCGUCUCAAAAACCGUC